CGCCCCGCCCGCGCCUCAGGACCGGCGGGGCCGCGCGGCGCAUCCUCCGGGCGGCGGCGGCGGGCGAGGCCCCUGCAGCCGGGCGCAAGAUGAUGAAGUUUCGGUUCCGGCGGCAGGGCGCCGACCCGCAGCGCGAGAAGCUCAAGCAGGAGCUUUUCGCCUUCAACAAGACUGUGGAGCAUGGCUUCCCCAAUCAGCCCAGCGCCCUGGCCUUCGACCCCGAACUUCGCAUCAUGGCCAUCGGCACCAGGUCUGGGGCUGUCAAGAUCUAUGGUGCACCUGGCGUGGAGUUCACAGGCCUGCACCGGGAUGCAGCCACUGUCACACAGAUGCACUUCUUGACCGGCCAGGGCCGCCUCCUGUCCCUGCUUGAUGACAGCAGUCUGCAUCUCUGGGAGAUUGUCCACCAUAAUGGCUGUGCCCACCUGGAAGAAGCACUCAGUUUCCAGCUGCCCAGCCGGCCCGGCUUUGAUGGUGCCAGUGCUCCGCUCAGCCUUACCCGAGUCACAGUGGUCCUGCUGGUGGCUGCUGGCGACAUAGCAGCCCUGGGCACUGAGGGCAGCAGUGUCUUCUUCCUGGAUGUUACCACCCUGACCCUGCUCGAGGGGCAGACGCUUGCCCCAGGCGAGGUUCUGCGCAGCGUGCCAGACGACUACCGCUGUGGGAAGGCACUGGGCCCCGUGGAGUCACUCCAGGGACACCUGCGGGACCCCACAAAGAUUCUCAUUGGCUACAGCCGGGGCCUGCUGGUCAUCUGGAACCAGGCCUCGCAGUGUGUGGACCACAUCUUCCUGGGGAACCAGCAGCUGGAGAGCCUAUGCUGGGGGCGUGAUAGCAGCACUGUGGUCAGCUCACACAGCGAUGGCAGCUAUGCUGUCUGGUCUGUGGAUGCCGGCAGCUCCCCAACGCUGCAGCCCACGGUAGCCACCACACCUUACGGCCCCUUUCCCUGCAAGGCCAUUAACAAGAUUCUGUGGCGGAACUGUGAAUCUGGGGGCCACUUUAUCAUCUUCAGCGGUGGCAUGCCCCGUGCCAGCUAUGGUGACCGCCACUGUGUAAGUGUGCUUCGAGCCGAGACAUUGGUGACGCUGGACUUCACCUCCCGCAUCAUCGAUUUCUUCACAGUGCACAGCACACGGCCCGAGGAUGAAUUUGAUGACCCCCAGGCCCUGGCUGUGCUGCUGGAAGAGGAGCUGGUGGUGCUGGACCUGCAGACUCCUGGCUGGCCAGCCGUGCCUGCCCCAUACCUGGCCCCGCUGCACUCCUCUGCAAUCACUUGCUCGGCCCACGUGGCCAGUGUCCCCGCCAAGCUGUGGGCCCGCAUUGUGAGCGCUGGCGAGCAGCAGAGCCCCCAGCCUGUCUCCAGUGCCUUGAGCUGGCCCAUCACUGGGGGCCGAAACCUGGCCCAGGAGCCGUCACAGCAAGGGCUGCUGCUGACGGGCCAUGAGGACGGCACCGUGAGGUUCUGGGAUGCCUCGGGUGUGGCGCUGCGGCCGCUCUAUAAGCUGAGCACAGCUGGCCUCUUCCAGACAGACUGUGAGCACGCUGACAGCCUGGCCCAGGCUGCCGAGGACGACUGGCCACCCUUCCGCAAGGUGGGCUGCUUCGAUCCCUACAGUGACGAUCCCCGGCUUGGCGUGCAGAAGGUUGCUCUCUGCAAGUAUACAGCCCAGAUGGUGGUGGCUGGCACUGCAGGCCAGGUGCUGGUACUGGAGCUUAGUGAUGUGCCGGUGGAGCAGGCGGUCAGCGUGGCCAUCAUAGACCUCCUCCAGGACCGCGAGGGCUUCACGUGGAAGGGCCACGAGCGGCUGAGCCCACGCACGGGGCCGCUGCCCUGGCCUGCUGGCUUCCAGCCCCGUGUCCUGGUGCAGUGCCUGCCGCCAGCUGCUGUAACCGCUGUCACACUCCACACCGAGUGGAGCCUCGUGGCUUUUGGCACCAGUCAUGGCUUUGGCCUCUUCGACUACCAGCGCAAGAGCCCUGUGCUGGCCAGGUGCACUCUUCACCCCAAUGACUCCCUGGCCAUGGAGGGUCCGCUCUCCCGGGUGAAGUCUCUCAAGAAGUCACUGCGCCAGUCUUUCCGGCGCAUUCGCAAGAGUCGUGUCUCUGGCAAGAAGCGGGCUGCUAAUGCCAGCAGCAAGUUGCAGGAAGCCAAUGCACAGCUGGCUGAGCAGGCCUGCCCCCACGACGUGGAGAUGACGCCCGUGCAGCGCCGCAUUGAGCCCCGCUCUGCCGAUGACUCCUUGUCGGGUGUCGUGCGUUGCCUAUACUUCGCCGACACAUUCCUUCGAGAUGGGGCCCACCACGGGCCCACCAUGUGGGCUGGCACCAACUCAGGCUCUGUGUUCGCCUAUGCACUGGAGGUGCCGGCAGCAGCAGUGGGUGGUGAGAAGCGGCCUGAGCAAGCGGUGGAGGCCGUGCUGGGCAAGGAGGUGCAGCUGAUGCACCGGGCGCCUGUGGUGGCCAUUGCCGUGUUGGACGGGCGUGGCCGCCCACUGCCCGAGCCCUACGAGGCCUCACGGGACCUGGCGCAGGCACCUGACAUGCAGGGUGGUCACGCUGUGCUCAUCGCAUCUGAGGAGCAGUUCAAGGUGUUCACACUGCCCAAGGUGAGCGCGAAGACCAAGUUCAAGCUGACGGCCCAUGAGGGCUGUCGUGUGCGCAAGGUGGCACUGGCCACGUUUGCCAGUGUGGCCUGCGAGGACUAUGCUGAGACCUGCCUGGCCUGCCUCACCAACCUGGGUGACGUCCACGUCUUCUCGGUGCCUGGCCUGCGGCCCCAGGUGCACUAUUCCUGCAUCCGGAAGGAGGACAUCAGCGGCAUCGCUUCGUGCGUCUUUACGCGCCAUGGCCAGGGCUUUUACCUGAUAUCCCCAUCAGAAUUUGAACGCUUCUCCCUAAGUGCCCGGAACAUCACAGAGCCGCUCUGCUCUCUGGACAUUAACUGGCCCCGCGAUGCCACCCAGGCCAGUUACAGGAUCCGAGAGUCACCCAAGCUGAGCCAGGCUAACGGGACCCCAAGCAUCCUGCUGGCCCCACAGAGCCUUGAUGGAAGCCCUGAUCCAGCCCACAGCAAGGGACCUGACACCCCGGAGCCACCCGAGGCUGCACUCUCACCCAUGUCCAUCGACUCAGCCACCAGUGCUGACACCACGCUGGACACGACAGGGGACGUCACAGUGGAAGAUGUGAAGGAUUUCCUGGGUUCCUCUGAGGAGUCAGAGAAGAACCUGAGGAACCUGGCAGAAGACGAGGCCCACGCCUGUGCCAUCCUGAUCAAAUGAGGAAGGCCAGAACUAUCCCGACCUCCACCUGCCCUGCUCGGAGCUGGAGUGCUGGAUCCCUGGCACCUGCCUGGCCCCUUAACAUAGAACCACGCCUGCUAACCUGUAGGCUCCACUGGGACCUGCUGUCCUGUCCCGCCUGACCCUGGGCCCUGGAGCAGCACCAGCCCCAGGGUGUGGGCCUGGGACCUGGGCCAGAACUGAGCCCUCCUGCAGGCAUUUGGCUGCCCUGGGGGCCCGCUGCCUAGGGAAGAGGACAGGUGGGGCCCAGCACCUGUGCCACCUCCCCCCCUGCACACACCAUCCUUCCCCCUCACUUUGCAGAGUAUUUUUCCUUUUUUUUUUUUUUUUUUUU